AUGCCGCCCAAGUCACCAGAGCGCAAUGCGAUGGAGCCGUUCGUGGUCGACGUCGGCAACGGAGAUUUAGUCAGCGGGCUGAAGUCGUUUCCAGUCAAGCCAGAGGACGUGAAAAGAUCAAGUCAUGGCACUCCACUCAUCAUCUGCCUCCACGGAAGCUCCUACUGCGCAAAGUACUUUGAUGCUCAUCAACACUACUCAAUCCGGAACAUAUCAGACCAGCUAUCCAUCCCUGUUAUAGCACUCAACCGACCGGGUUACAAGCAAACUCCAGAGCUUGGGAGAACCGAAAACACAGGCUCCGACACACAUCUUCAGAACGAAGCGCUUUGGCUCCAUCGCCUCGUGCUACCGGUACUCUGGCGCGCCUUUGGUCCGCCGCUUGGUGCGACGUCAAUAGUGCUCCUGGGACACAGCAUCGGAGGUGCCGUUGCACUCAUCACAUCGAGCCUGUCAUGUACCGACUCGCCCGAGGAGCGCACUUAUCCCUUAGGAGGCCUCAUUCUCACAGGAAUGGGUACACGGCAAGCGAUGGAGCUGAAUGAAGACGCAAUGCGCAAGGAACCUCCUUUUGACAAGAACGGCGAACCCAUAUACCAACACUGGAACAUGGGUCCAAAGACCAAACUCAUGCUGAACUCUGCUUUGGGCCACUCUCCACUCGAGACCAUCAAAGCCCACGAAGCGAUAUCAUGUCCGGCGCUCACUUCCGAAUAUUCCGACUUCAACCACCCAGACAACUACCCACGUUACUGGCGAAGUAUGGCGGCGCAAAUCAACGUGCCUGUCAUGUAUUUCCUCGCCGACAUGGAUCUAAUAUGGGAUUCGAGUGUAGAACGGAUCGGAGACUUCACUUCUGCUUUUCUCAGCGCCCCACGAGUCGAGAGCGGGAUUCUUAGAGGCGCAGGGCACUGUAUCGAGCUGAGCUGGCUGGGACCUUGCUGGUAUUUAAGGUGUGCUGGGUUUGCCACGUGUUGCGCUGUGGAGAAAGUUACUCUGGAUGGUUUCAAGGAUGGAAGCUUUGUGCCGCCGGUUGAGCGGACAAGUUUGAGUACUGUGAUAGAAAGAGACAGUGAGGUAUCCGAAGCUUAG